AUGGCGAACCAUCUGCCGGCGUUUGCCGGGGGCAAUCCAUACCUGUUCCCCCCCUCCCCAGCCCCCUCUGUCGCCGAAGCCCUAAGUACAGUGGUCACAGAUGCACAAGACGAUUUUGUUCGCGGGUUGCUGCGUCCUGUUGCCGCGAUGGCCCUGGUCUUCGUGGCGAUGCUGAUUUCCUGGCGGGAGGGCGUGGGACUGGAGAAGGAGAUGCUUGUGGCGGUGGUGCGCUCGUUCGUGCAGCUGAUCGGCAUCGGGUUCGCGCUGCAGUUCGUGUUUGCGCAGAAGGGCUUUGCGCUCAUCCUGCUGUCUAUCAGUAUCAUGAUCCUGAUUGCCGGUUACACGGCAGGCCAGCGCGCCAAGGCCGUCCCUGGCAGCCACCACGUGGCGACUCUCGCCAUCCUAGUUGGCACCAGCAUCACCACGACCGCGCUGGUUCUGCUGCGCGUGUUCCCCUUCGAGCCACGCUACAUCAUCCCCAUUGCCGGAAUGAUCACCGGGAAUGCCAUGACGGUCACGGGCGUCACCAUGAAGCGCCUGAGGGAGGACAUCCGCCUGCAGCACCUCGAGGUGGAAGCCGCCCUUGCCCUCGGUGCCACCCCCCGACAGGCGAGUCUGGUGCAGCUGCGGCGGUCCCUGGGCACUGGCAUGAGCCCCGUAAUUGACAACGCUAAAACGAUUGGUCUGGUUUCUCUCCCGGGGGCCAUGACCGGGCUGAUCAUGGGCGGGGCGUCUCCCCUGGAGGCAGUUCAGCUGCAGAUUGUUGUCAUGUACAUGCUGAUUGGUGCCGCAACAUUUAGUGGUUUGACUGCGACGUACUUGAGCCAGCCCAAGUUUUUCACGCCCGCUUACCAGCUAAAGCAAUCGGCAAUAUCGAAUGCGCCGGCAGUGGCGAAAAAGUGAGAAGUUGUAGACUAGACAAUCAUCUUCUAAUCAGCACAUUGAGAGGUUGCACGAUUGGCAAUGGUUUGACAAAUAGGCAAUAGCAUUUUUGAUCACCAUGAUUCAUCAAUCUUUCUUCUAACCUUUUCUUUGGCUCCUAUGAGAG